AUGUCUCUAUCUAUAUCAGCUACUUUCCUGCCCUCGAAUAAAUCUAGAAAGCCAUCCAUUCUCACUUGCUAUCUACAAAACUCCGAGCGCAAACAAAUCAGGAACCAAUCGCACUCACAAAAGAAAUUUACCAUUACAAUGUUCUCACCUCAGAUCUUGCGCGCUAUUAGAUGGCGCACUGUCAUAAAUACAGACUACGAUGGCGCAGUUCUUGUUGGAGGUUUGGAGAAUGAACUCAGACACUUUGGGGAUCCGGAUGAAGAGCGCGAUUCUUGGUCAUAUUCGGAGGCAGUGAAACCAUGUCCAUAUACUCAUGAAGGCGCACGAGCUAUUGCAGCAGAAGAAAAGAAGAAGAAACAAGAAAAGCUCAGAGCUGCUCGCAGAGCCGCAAUCUUAGGAAUCUCUCACUAUGAGAAUGAUGCGAACCAUGUCGAGAUUGAUGAGGCAGUUGGGAAAUUUGAGGAAGACGAGGAAGAUGGCUGCACAGUCGAGGGGAGUGACGAGCCACUUGAAUUCUGCGAUGAUUGGUUUUCAAGAACUUUACAACAAGAUGGCGCACGUGAAACAGAAUCUGGCAAUGGCUUGAAGUCUUGCAGUAUUUUGCAGGGAGAAAUCAUUGAGGAAGGAAAAGGUUCCGAUAGCUACGAAUGGGAUAAAGUCGACAUGGCGAUGGAAUCGAUCCAAGAUUCGGGCGUACGCACAUAUGAAGAGGACGAUGAUAGUGACUUUGAUUCCGAUCUUGGUUAUAGCUUAGUCUCAAUGUUCGACGAGGAGGCCGCGGUUCCAUCAAAUCAAGCUUGCAAAGGAGAGUGUUCUUGUGGAUGCGACUCCGGAUUUGUCGAGAUCGAGGAUACAAGCACAAUGCAUGGCUUGAAUGGGGUUGAAAAGACAGGCUCUACGGCUCGGGCUGUUAUUGCGGCUCAACCGGGGCUUUGGAAAUCCAUGAUUGCUUGCAGACCAUUUGAAAGAGCACGUCGUCCGCAUAUUGUUAGACCGGGAAGUUGGCAGGCGGUCUAA